AUGCGGAGAUCUAACUCUUCUUUUUCUUCGAAUAAUCACCAGAAAAAGCAAAACUCUCAAUUACCUGGAAGCCCUAAAAGUCCUUCGAUACUGAAGAGAUCGAAAUCUCCAACCAAGUCAUGCAGAUCAGUGAGAUUUGAUGACUCAAUUUCAGGAUUUCAAGAAGAUAGCGAUAUUAAUUAUCAGCUUAAGAACUUUUAUCAAGAGCUUAAAUAUAACAACGAGUCAAAGAAAAGGGAAAACUCUUUCAUUUCAAGCUCUUCCAGUAUCCAAGAAAAGAGUUCCAUCAAUAGUAGAAGCGAUAAAGUAAUUUCUAUCAUCCAAAACACCAAAGAAAAGAUCUUAGACCGCCUCGGGUCAGCUUCAAAGCCGAAUACCCUAAAAAACAGGCCAAGACCAAAAGACAAAAUCAGCACUGAAAAUUUACAGUCAAUUGUCGAAAAGCGAAAAUCUAUAAUAGCCAACGACGGAGGAACCCAAUACAGAAAUUCUUUUUUGCAGACUAAAUCUCAUUUAAGAAGCAAAAGUGAGAGACCUUCAGGAGGCUCAGGCGUUUUUGAGCCCAAAGUUAUCAAUUUAGCCUUUAGGAACCAGAAUUUCUACAGCAAGCUUAACAAAUUUUAUGGGAAAAGUGACUCAAACCCAGCAUCUAGGGAGCAGUCGCCAAAAAGAAGAACUGCAGGCGAGCUUACUUGGCAAUCAGUAAAAGACGAGCUUUAUAGCUCAGCCUCAGGCUUUUCAAACUGCUCUCAGUCUUCUUUGGUCUCAUUUUCUAGCCCUGCUGAGAAUAAAAGAAGGAAAUCCAACAUUUUCAUGAGCAUAAACGCCCAUUCAAUUAGUCCCAAGCCUCAAAAAGCUGAGCCAGCCCAUCGAGUUUUCUCAGUCCUUAAAACCCGCUAUUCAAGCCCAAGUGGCUCCACCCGCUCAGGAAGAAGCAACACGAGUGUAAUUUAUUAA